AUGAAAGCCAGCGGUGCCUCCGAAGACGAAACCGAGAAGACGCAGUUGCUUGAUGACCUCCUGCUUCGCAUGCAAGAGACGGAGGAAAAGUCGGUCAAGGCUUCAAUUGCGGCGUCAGCAGCCAACAGGUCCAAGGACUUAAACGCCCACCAUGUACGGCACGAAGCGAUGAAAACCAUUGGAAAGCGCAAAGUUGAAGAACUGGGGCCCUCCAAAUCCACGCCAUCGAAGAAGCAGCAGCAGUGGCAGUUGGUGAAUAGCAUAGAUACUGCAACUACAUUCCCCACGGCGCUCAGCAUAAUUUUUUGCUGCGGCUUAAAGGUAGUGAAUGCCCACAGCGUCUUCGUCAGCUGA